CACUCAGCAGUGCCAAGGCCCAGUGCCGACCGAGCCUUCCCCUCGCCUGAUCUGCGCGUCCCUGUCCUCGGCUCCUGAGCACUCGCGUACUCGCUCGUCGCAUCUGCCCACACUACCACUGGCCACACCGAAACCCUAGCUGCGCACCCAAAUCGAUCGAUCCAGGGACGGCAGCGGCACGACGCGCCAAAAUAGGUUCAGAACUAGCGUCGCGACAAAAUCGGUUCACGACCGCCACGGUUGGACCAGCUGCGCCGUGGCCGUGCGGCUGUGCGGCCGGCAUUGGCGCGCUGCGCGCUGCUUCAGGCCGGUGUGCCGCGCGGCUGGGCGACGUGAAACGGAUUCACAUCGUAGGAGCAGAACUUGCUGGUCGAGGUGGAGGCUUGCUGCGUGCAGCAGGACAGGGAGUCAGGGACAACAGAUUUUAGCAAAGUAUGAGCUGUGAACUAGUGUUAGAGGAAAGCACGAAGGAAAUAGUGGCAUAAAACUUGAUUUGUCUAAAGAUAAAUUGGUUUCUUAAAAUGGCUCAGCAAAUGGCUUCAGUUCAUUUGAAUGAUACAACAGUUGUUGAUGCCAAGCCCUUGCGUACAUUGACUCCCAUGUUCCCUGCACCACUAGGGCUUCACACGUUCACUCCUCAGAACUCACCUUCAGUUGUUUGUGUGACCCCAUUUGGACCAUAUGGUGGAGGGACUGAAUUGGGGAUGCCUGCUGUUCCACCAAUGUUUGCAGCGCCUGUACCUGCUGCAGGAGCAGAACCCAGCCAGAGACAGCCGCAUACAGCUAAUAUGAACGGAGGAGACACUGAAUUGGGGAUGCCUGCUGUUCCACCAAUGUUUGCAGCGCCUGCACCUGCUGCAGGAGCAGAACCCAACCAGGGACAGCCACAUACAGCUAAUAUGAACGGAACUGCAGUCAACAGUUCGGUCACAUCUUUGCAAACUCCUUCAGCUGCCACACAGGAAUCUGGUAAGAGGAAGAGGGGCAGGCCAAAGCGUGUGCCUGAUACUACUGUUUCUUCGGCUCCUUCAGCUCCUCUGGCUCCUACUAUUUCUCCAGUUCCUUCACUUCCUGUGGUUACUCCAGUUCCUUCAGCUCCUCAGGAAUUGAACACUAUUGUUUCCCUGACGCCUUCUUCAGACGCCCCACAAGAAUCUGGCAAGAGGAAGAGGGGACGGCCCAAACGUAUACAAGACGUUCCUGUAAUGGUUCCUCUGACCUCGCAAGGAGAUAGCACAUCUGUUAUUCAGACACUUCCAGGGUCCAGUGUACAUGAAUCUGGUACGAGAAGGGGACGUCCCAAACGUUUGCAGGAUAGUUCAGAUAUUGUCACUCCAAUUGACUCAAAAGAUAGUGAGUCCUCUCCCCAGCCACCUAUUGCCGCACCUGCCGAAAGUGGUAAGAGGAAGAGGGGACGUCCAAAGCGCAUUGAUGGUUCCGUGACUCCUUCAAGUCAUUCUGUUUUUUCAAUAGAUGAUGAUGCUGUUGACACGAUGAAACGUGGACGACCUAGGAAAAUUGAUACCAAACUGUUACAGUUUCCAUCUUUAUUUUCAGAUGAUCCUAGACAAACUGCAGAUAAUGUACUCAUGAUGUUUGACGCCCUGCGACGCAGACUUAUGCAGAUGGAUGAUGUGAAACAAGCUGCAAAGCAGCAGCCUAACUUGAAAGCUGGGAGCAUCAUGAACAAUGCUGAACUUCGUGUCAAUAAGGACAAGAGGAUAGGAGAGGUUCCAGGUGUUGAGGUUGGUGAUAUGUUCUACUUCAGAAUUGAGAUGUGCUUAGUGGGGUUGAAUAGUCAGAGCAUGGCAGGGAUAGAUUACAUGUCUGCCAAGUUCGGUAAUGAGGAGGACCCUGUAGCUAUUAGUGUUGUGUCAGCUGGUGUAUAUGAUAACACUGGAGAUGAUCCAGAUGUUCUAGUUUAUACUGGACAUGGCAUGUCGGGUAAGGAUGACCAAAAACUUGAGAGGGGUAAUCUUGCACUAGAGAGGAGUUUGCAUAGAGGUAAUCCAAUCAGAGUCAUUCGUAGCGUAAAAGACUUGACUUGUCCAACUGGCAAGAUUUACAUAUAUGAUGGUCUUUACAAGAUCAAAGAAGCCUGGGUAGAGAAAGGGAAAUCUGGUUUCAAUGUGUUUAAACACAAGUUGCUUAGGGAACCUGGCCAACCUGAUGGCAUUGCAGUGUGGAAGAAGACUGAAAAAUGGAGGGAAAAUCCAUCAUCUAGAGACCAUGUUAUAUUACUUGACAUAUCAUAUGGUGUGGAAAAUAACCCUGUCUGCCUUGUAAAUGAGGUUGACGAUGAAAAGGGCCCUAGCCGCUUCACUUAUACAACUAAUUUGACAUAUGGGAAUUCUCUCAGCUCGAUGAGAAAGAUGCAAGGUUGCAAAUGCAUAAGUGUAUGCCUCCCUGGUGAUAACAACUGCUCCUGUACGCAUCGAAAUGCUGGUGACCUUCCUUACAGUGCUUCAGGCAUACUUGUUAGCCGAAUGCCCGUUUUAUACGAGUGUGGUGAUUCCUGCACAUGUUCACAAAAUUGCCGGAACCGAGUUGUACAGAAAGGUACGCAGAUCCGUUUUGAAGUUUUUAAGACAGGAGAUCGUGGUUGGGGCCUCCGUAGUUGGGAUCCAAUUCGAGCAGGCACAUUUAUCUGUGAAUAUGCAGGUGAAAUCAUUGACAUAAAUAGAGUGAAUGGUGAAGAUGACUACAUAUUUGAGACUUCUCCUUUAGAGCAGAAUUUAAGAUGGAACUAUGCACCGGAAUUGCUGGGUGAGCCUAGUCUUUCUGACUCAAAUGAAACACCAAAGCAGCUGCCUAUAGUCAUCAGUGCAAAACGAACCGGCAACAUAGCUCGCUUUAUGAACCACAGCUGCUCACCUAAUGUGUUUUGGCAACCAGUUCUGUAUGAUCAUGGUGAUGAGGGAUAUCCACAUAUUGCAUUCUUUGCAAUUAAGCAUAUUCCUCCAAUGACAGAGCUUACCUAUGAUUAUGGUCAGAACCAGCGUAAUAGUAUUCAAAUGGGAACCCAUUCUGGUUUUCGGAAGUCUAAAAGUUGCUUAUGUUGGUCCCCGAAGUGUAGAGGUUCCUUUGGCUAAUAACCAGCCCUAUAAGGAAUAUAUUGGAUCAUAAUACUCCAUUUCAAAGUUACACCUAAGAUAUCUGCUGGUCGACUUUUAUAUUCAGCUCCCAAAAAUCUGUCACAAGUUUGUGAGAGCAACUGAAUUGUCUUUACCAGCAGAAGCAGCCCGUCAUGGUGGCCUGUAUGAAGCAGCAGGGGUCUCCUAUGUCCUAGGUGUUCCAUGCACCAUCGAAUAAAUCCACCCCUCUUCAUGUUAGAAUGGGAAACGGGGAUGUGUUUUGCACAAAUUAUCUGUCAUGCAGUCGUCGUAUUAAGUUUUCUUGAACUAGUUUGUAGUCAUCCUCAGAGAAUGCAUGAUGUGCACUUUGUAGUAAUAUAUGCAGGUUGUUAUCCC